AUGUCAGACCUCAAAGCUACCGUUGCUGAGACCAAGAAUGGCUUCCACGUCGAGGGGUACGAGAAGAUCGAGUAUGAGUUCACAUUCCUUGACGGUGUGUUCAACACUGCCAACCCUGAGCUUGCUAAAUGCUACGAGCGAUGGGGCCGCUGCCUGGCUGUCAUGGACUUGAACAUCUUCAACGUCUAUGGCGAUGAAAUGCAAAAUUACUUUGACCACUACAGACUGCCCUUGACCAUCCACAAGACCAGAAUUGGCGAGAAGGCCAAGUCAAUGGACACUCUUUUGAGCAUUGUUGACUCGAUGACCGACUUUGGUAUCAUCCGCAAAGAGCCUGUCCUUGUGGUCGGCGGAGGUCUCGUGACUGAUGUUGCUGGAUUCGCAUGUGCUGCAUACCGAAGAAACACCAACUUCAUCCGCAUUCCCACUACCGUCAUUGGCCUGAUCGAUGCCAGUGUCAGUAUUAAGGUCGCCGUCAACUAUGGUAACUACAAGAACCGUCUGGGCGCUUACCACGCCCCCAUGCACACCUUCUUGGACUUCACAUUCCUGAAGACACUUCCAGAAGGCCAAGUCCGAAAUGGCUUUGCCGAGUUGAUCAAAAUCUCCACAUGCGCACACAAGCCUACAUUUGAUUUGUUGGACAAGUACUGCGAGCAGCUCAUCACAACUCGUUUUGGUCGUGAGGGCAACAACGAAGAAGUGCUCAAGGCUGCCGACGAGAUCAACCGCGCUGGUAUUCACGAGAUGUUGAAGCUCGAGACACCCAAUCUGCACGAGAUUGGUCUUGACCGUGUCAUCGCUUACGGCCACACCUGGAGUCCGCUGCACGAGUUGUCACCAGAGACCCCGCUCCGUCACGGCCACGCCAUCUCGAUUGACAUGGCAUACUCCGCCACACUUGCCAACGAGCGCAAGCUGCUCAGUGAUGAGGAGCACCGCCGGCUGUUGAACCUCUUCUCCAGGGCAGGUCUGUCCAUGGACCACGAACUGUUCGAUGAGGACAUGCUUGAAAAGGCGACCAAGGCCAUUCUCAAGACCCGUGACGGUCUGCUCCGGGCUGCCGUCCCCAAUCCCAUUGGUACCUGCAUCUUCCUGAACGACGUGUCGUCCGAGGAGAUGAACAAGGCACUGCGACGACACAAGGAGCUAAUGAAGGAGUACCCUCGCCAGGGUGCCGGUAUCGACGCCUUUGUCGAUGCCAGUGACACAGGUUACACUGAAAACGGGACUGUUGAAGAGGCCAUGAAAGACUCAAAGAAGGUCAUGAACGGCCUAUCGAACGGAAAAGUCAACGGCGCGGCCGAGGGCAAGCCCACCAACAAUGGCGUCCCACAGCAGCUGCAGGAUGGUUUGGCCGCUAACGGCUACGCCAAUGGCCACAAGAACUAG